CUGUUUACAAUGUGUAAGACAGAGUCGAGAGAUGGAAGAUGGACACAAGUCAUAAAAAAGCCAAAAAGGAUGGAAAAUUUGACACCCAUCGUCCAUAUAAACUAGCUCAUCAGACAUUAUGUAUCAGGGCCAUCAACUUCAGGCAGAGAGCCAUUUUUGGCUAUGUGGAACUCACCAUCCAUCCACUUCAGAAUGACCUGAGAAGAAUCAAGAUAAACAGCAAACAAUGUAAACUGUUCCAUGUAGCAGUCAAUGACCAGUGGGAGGCUCGCUUCCUGUACAAUGACCCCACUCUAGAGAUUUGUCAGGAAGAUGGCAAACAGAGGAAUCUGGAUUUUUUCCAAAACUGCCACUUGAAGUCUAUGCUUUCUGUUGACCCUGACCAAGGCAAUGGAGAGGUUACCAUUAAACUUCCUGUUGAAGUCUUCCCCAUCAUUGCUGAUCUGAGACCAAUUAAAGUCUGUAUUGAGUUUGCCGUGGAACAGCCAAAGGGUGGAGUACACUUUGUGAUACCAGAUACUGAGGGCACACUGUCGGAGAAGGCUGCACACAUGUUCACAUACAGACAUGAAAAUUCCUCAAGGCUAUGGUUCCCCUGUAUUGACACAUACUCCGAGCCAUGUACAUGGAAGAUUGAGAUUACCUGUGACCUGAGUAUGACCGCGGUCAGCUGUGGAGAACUUAUCGAGACAGUCUACACUUCAGACAGAAGGAAUAAAACCUUCCACUACUUUCUGUCAAUGCCAACUGCUGCACCAAACAUUGCAAUGGCUGUGGGACCAUUUGAAGUACUAGUUGACCCCAACAUGCAUGAGGUCACCCACUUCUGCUUACCUCAUCUCACGGAUCUCCUCAAACAUACCACCAGUUAUAUCCAUGAGGCGUUUGAAUUUUAUGAAGAGCUGUUGUCUAGUAGAAACCCCUACUCCUGUUACAAACAGGUGUUUGUAGAUGAAAGCUACCAAGACUCCAUGCCAUAUGCCACCAUGACCAUAUUCAGCACCAACCUCCUCCAUUCACCACGGAUCAUCGACCAGACAUUGGAAACACGUCGUAUACUGGCUGCUGCUGUAGCAGAACAGUUCUUUGGCUGCUUCAUCACAAUGCAAUCUUGUUCUGACAUGUGGAUAACAAGGGGCACGGCAGGCUACCUCACAAGUCUGUUUGUGAAGAAAACCUUCGGAAACAAUGAGUACAGGUACAUAAUAAACAGGGACCUAAAGGAGGUACAAGAGUAUGAGAACCGUGUGGGUGGAAUACUGUUGGAUCCUUCCUUAAAAGACUGUAACCACCAUUUCUCCAUACGUAAUCCCCACACGCUAUCACCCAAGUAUAUAGAGGUCUUUUCAAAGAAGGCCUACCUUGUCAUGCGCAUGCUUGAAAUCAGAAUUGGAGCUCAGCUUCUUAUACAGGUUUUCAACAAGGUAUUGUCAUUAGCAUACUCUGCCUCUCAACAGAAGUUCAUUGCCAACACCUGGAACAAUAUGUGUGUGUCUACACACUCAUGUCUGAAGCUGAUCUCCACUGUGACAGGGAAAGACAUUCAACCCUUCCUAGAUCUCUGGGUUACUCAGAGUGGGUGUGCCAGAUUCUUUGGGAACUCUGUUUUCAACAGAAAAAGGAAUGUUGUUGAACUAGAACUCAAGCAGGACCUUGGGGCCAAGGGGUCACUGAAAUAUGUGGGACCUCUGACUGUGACUAUACAAGAACUGGAUGGAUCCUUCAACCAUACAUUUAAGAUUGAAGAAAACAAGACCAAAUUUGAUAUCACAUGCCAUUCUAAAAGCAGAAGAAACAAAAAAAAGAAGAUUCCAUUAAUGACAGCAGAAGAGGUAGAUAUGGAUUUGAGUGCCAUGGAUGCUGACUCUCCCGUGUUGUGGUUGAGAAUUGACCCAGACAUGCACCUACUUAGUCAGGUAACCUGGGAACAGCCAGACUUUAUGUGGCAGUACCAGUUGAAGUUUGAGCGAGAUGUGGUCGCACAGAAAGAGGCUAUUGUUGCAUUAGAGAACUACCCAACAGCUGCUACUAGGAAAGCUUUGACAGACACAUUAGAGAAUGAGCACUGUUUCUACCGGGUUCGCAUGGAGGCCUGUCUCUGUCUGUCAAAGGUAGCCAAUUCAAUGGUCAAUAACUGGGUGGGACCUCCUGCGAUGAUCACUAUCUUCCGUAAACUGUUCGGGUCACAUUCCUGUCCGAACAUCGUCAGACAAAACAACUUUUCCAAGCUACAGCAUUACUAUCUUCUAAAGACCAUCCCUUUUGCCAUGGCCCACCUCCGGAGUAUCCAAGCCAUCUGUCCCCAGGAAGUUCUCCGCUUUAUUCUGGAACUUUUCAAAUACAACGAUAAUAGCAAAAACAAAUACUCUGACAACUACUACAGAGCUGCUCUGUUGGAUUCUCUAGCAGCCACUCUGACUCCUGCUGUCACUAUCAUCACUGGUCUUGGUGAGGGUCCAUCGAUGGACAGCCUGACAACAGAGACGAAGCAGAUCCUCGAGGAGAUCACACGCUGCCUUAACCUCGACAAAUUACUGCCAUGUUACCAUCACACUGUGACUGUCAGCUGUCUUAAGGCAAUCAGGAUUUUACAGAAGUUUGGCCAUUUGCCAAGUGAUGUAUCAUUGUUUAAGAGCUACAUGCAGUAUGGUGUGUUCAGGAAUGUAAGGAUUGCUGCUGUUGAGGCUGUGGUAGACUACAUCAAAACUGAUUGUAAACCUGAAGAACUACACUAUCUGGUUGAUGUUAUAGAGAAAGAUCCAGAUACUUACUUCAGACACGUUGUCAUCAGAAAACUGGUACAGAACCCACCCUUCAAGCGCGGUGAGCACAGCCAUCUACAUACACAGGCCUUGGUGGAACGGCUUUGGAAACUCAUGAACAUCACAUUUUCCCAUGAUAGUCGUUUGAGGUGUGACAUUGCUGACCUCUACUUCACCUUGUAUGGCCGCACACGCCCCACGUGUCUGGGGAUUCCUGAGAGUCUGGUUGUGUUCAAUCUCAAAGAGAAGAAGGCAAAAUUCAAUCCCUCUGUGGUACCAGUGGAAAUGGAGGCAAUGUUUGAAGAUGAAGAGGAAGUAGAUGAUGUGGAAACAGAAAAUGUAGCCAUGGAGGUUGAAGAAGGCGAAAUUCUGGACCCAACAGAAGUAUCAGUUUCUGUCCCUGUAGAGACAGAUGUACCACAUGGACAGAAACGGCCAGCAGAGUCGCCCCUGGACCUGGGACCUGCGACCUCAUUGGAAUUGAAUCCCACCCUUGAGUCCUCCAUCGUGGAGAGCAACACUGAGGCAGGCCAGAGCGAAGACAGCAACACUUCCUUUAAACUCAAAAUCAAGAUGAAGGCAGAGGAGGACUCUGUCUCGAAGGUAUCUGUCCAGUCCAUUCCUGCUCCACAAACAGGAGGCUCUGUUUCCAUGGAUACCAUUGGUAGACUGAGUGAAGAUUCAUUGUCUCCCAUACACUACAGUACUGAGACAAAAGGAGGCAGCAAACCACCGAUGUCCUUUGCAGGGUUGUUGCCUGGAUCUCAGACAUCAGGAGGUGAAACGUCGAUACAGACAAAUCCAGACGAUCCAUCUUCUAGCAAAUCACACAAGGCAAAGAAAAAGAAGAAAAAAAAUAAACACAAACAUAAACAUAAACACAAACACGAUAAAUCAGAACGUGAUCGCGAGUCAUCAGAACGGCCCAAGGACGCUGCAGGACAUUACAGCUCGGAGACAAGUACUAUUAACUCACCAAUAGUGAAACUAGACCCUCCAAGUUCACCCGAGUUUGAGAUUAUAUAAGGCACUAUGGUUACAGGAGAAUUUAUCCUCUGCCACUAAAAGUGUUAGUGAUUAAACUCAUUUAUAUAAGUUAACUACAGUGUACUAAUGUCAGUGUGUGGAGAAUGUCUCGAGUCGGUCAACUCCUGAAAGAACACAGUAGUCAUUGUGUGUGUAAGAGUGAAGAGAUGUCAGAAAGUGUUCCAUUGAUGUGCUAGUCACUUUCUAAAUGAUGAAAAAGUGUAAGUAUUUUGAAUACUUAAAAGAGGGAGGUAAAUUGUUUUCUUAACUAUCAUACAUCUUGAACAAUUUGUAUGUUUCAGUCUACACUACUGUAAAUGUGUAUACUUUAUCAUCUUCUGUGUAUCUGCUUGGUAUCGUGAUGAGUAUGUGAUUGAUUUUAAAAUCAGGAGUAUUCAAAUUAAACUAAU